AUGCCCAGCGGCGGCGUUCGAUUGAGCGGAGGCCCUGUCUUGACGGACAAUGAGGCUUCGAUGCUCGAGAGUGAUGUCUCGUCGGUCAUAGACAUCAGCGACCACUUUGUCGACACGGAUUUCGACGACCACCUGCGGGACAAUCACAAGUACAGAUUGCCGGAUAUUGGCAAGACGAGACUUCAUCUACACACCAAGGAACCGUGGUCUCCAGGACCGAUGCACGUCCCGAGAUCUUCACCUUCGACAAAGGAGACGCGGGAGAACAGCAGUUCUACGCCAACCACACCACGAACCACACCUUCGGCUACGUCCGCGAAAAUGGAUUUCCCUCCAGGUUGGCACUUGCGUAAUGGCAGUGCUGAGAAUGUUGGUGACUCUGACUUCCCUGCUCGCCCGAGCUUAUCGCGCACUGGCUCAAUAUAUACGCUGGGUCGUGCGAGCUUCACAGGACAACUUGCUCAGCUGACAGCCAUGCGUCUGCCAGAUGCCGACUCUCUGGCCAAGCGAAUAUCAGACAUGGCUACCGCGAGCGAGGCUUCUCAGGCGCUGUUGGAUGCAUUCGAACAAAUACGCGUCUGGAUCAGUAAGGCUUCGGAUGUACUGGAUGGAUUGAACGCGGAAGAUGAUGUCGCGUGGGCCGCGGCGGGAGGAAGGGAGGGUAUCGAGGAUGUGGACCUGGCGAUCAAUCGCUUCCAGCGUCUGGUGGAAGUCUUUGUGGAGUCCGUUGAACGACUGCAGACCCGAGAUGAUAUCAUUGAGCUUCCGGCAGAGGAGAUCAAGGCUGGCGUGGUACAGGUGGAGACGGUCAUUAUGAGCUGGAAGAAGAUCAAAGAUACACUGAAGGGGAUCAAGGAACAGGUCGAAAUAGCAAUGGAAUGGGAACAGUUAUGGAAUUCCGUGCUGGGAGAGAUUGCGUCAGAACUGGAUGGUCUGAAUCGACUGGUGUUCGAAAUGGAGGAAAAGCGACAUCAAGGCGCAGAGAGCCUGCUCAGUUCGAGAGACAGCAUCGACCUAAGCGAAUUGGAGACCAUUGUGGAGGAGCACCCUGGGAGAGCACGGCAAUCUGUUGGAGCUCGACUGAGCAUACAACCCUUUUCAUUGGGUUCGCACAUGCAGACACCGCCGGCGACCACCCAUCAUAACAAGGAGGACUCUAGCUUACUGGCCUUGCUUGCUCGUAUGCAGCCACUUCGCGCGUCACUGGAUUUUCUACCAAUGACACUAUCGGUAUGGCACGUUCGAGGAAAUCCCAUUUUUCCCAGUGCUUGCAUUGAUCUUGACAGUCGACGGGAACAACUCGAGGCCCAGUGGAAAAAGCUCGAAUUGGAUGUUGAUUCAUUGAGACGAGAGCUGGGAGAGGAUCGAUGGGUGACGGUCUUCAGGAAUGCGGGUCGCCAGGCUCUGAAGAUGUGCGAGUCCAUCACUCGCAGCUUCAUGAAACUGAAAGAUUCAGUCGAUGCCAACGAGCAGGCGACGAAUCCUGCUUCUCUCACCACGCGCCUCGAAAACUACGAGAACAAGAAGAGACACUACGGCCCUGCCAUUGAACGGGUUCUUGCCAUCAUCGACCGCGGCGUGUCGGACAGACUGACCGUCAACGGAGAAAUCUUGAGGUUGCAGAGCGACAUGAAGCGACGAUGGACGGCUCUGCAAAGCGAGAUGGCUGACGUCGACGCUAUUGUCGUGGACAUUAACAAUGAGAUGAAGGAGAAUAAUCUCCGCGACUCAGUGUCCACUGUGAUCUCGAGUGAGCGGUCCAUUGCCAGUAGCCUCGUGGACACACCUGGUAGCUCACCGGCAAGCAGCGUGAUGGGAGGAAGCAGAAGAGGCAGCUUGGGCUCACGAACCCCGACGCCGCUUACCAACAUCAAGACACGAAGCAGUAGCAGCGCACCGAAGAGUCGUCUGCCUUCGUCGACGUCGAUGCAGCGGAAGAGCCUGCUACCCAAGUCAUCUUUCACAGAGUGGAUGUCCGCCAGCCCGCGGUCGUCACCAUCAUCGAUUCCUACACCCUCAAAGCAACAGCCCGUAUGGCCCAGUCGGCCUGAGCCAGAGCUCGGCAACAAGCCACGCUUCGUGCAGCUGGCCAAGUCAGACAGUCGCGACUUCCGACCGCUGUCCGCCUACGAGCCUUCGCCGUACGCCAAGGCACCCGUCACGCCCAAGACGAGUUUCUUGCGACGAACUUCGAGACUGGACUCUGUUCCGACGUGUCGCACUCCCGUUCCGAGGAUUGUCAGCGAGCCUGUUGCCAGGCCACAAUCUUCUCUGCCCCGGCCUACUACUGUCAUGGGAACUCGAAAAUCAUCCCUACCCGUACCUUCCUCUCUGGCCACGCCCUCGCGACUACGACAAUCUCUCAACAAGAAGGCUUCUGCUCCUACCCUACGAUCUGCUUCAAGAGGCAUGAGUGGAAGAAGAAGCAGUGCUCUUCCUGUCCCGCCGUUGCCCCCGAUGGUAGUGGACGGGCACGAAGCGGACAACGAAAGCCCGUCGUACCAUAAGAUAAGACCGCCCAGUGCUUUGGACUCGGGGCGUAGGAGUAGUAUGUUACAGUCUCGAGCCCGAAGUCGGAUGGACGAGCUAUCUAGGCCGCAGCAAGGAUUGAGACCGAAGUGGCGGCCUUGA